AAACAGUCACAUUCACAAUCGCAUUCACCCAAAAAAAUGGCGCUGAUUCCAAAUUUCCUCAACCGCCGAUCCAACCUCCUCGACCCAUUCGAGGGCUUCCCGCCGCUCUCCUCUCACUCCAACUUCCCCUCCGAAACGUCGUCGUUCGCCGCCGCCAAAGUUGACUGGAAGGAGACCCAGAACGCGCACGUGUUCAAAGCCGACGUUCCUGGGCUGAAGAAAGAGGAAGUGAAGGUGGAGAUCGAGGACGGUCGAGGUCUGCAGCUAAGCGGGGAGAGGAGUCAAGAGCAGGAAGAGAAGAGUGACACGUGGCACCGCGUGGAGCGGAGCAACGGAAGGUUCUCGAGGAGGUUCAGGCUGCCGGAGAACGCAAAGGUUGAGGAAGUCAAGGCUGCAAUGGAGAAUGGUGUGCUUACUGUCACUGUGCCCAAAGAGGAAGUCAUGAGGCCUGAUGUUAGGCCCAUUCAAAUUUCUGGUUAGGGAAGUCUGGUUUUGUUUUGUUAUGGUAAAUAAUGGCUUUGCUUGUUUUCGUUAGUUUCGUGUUGUGUCGUUUUUGUGAAAAUCGAUGUUUGGUUUUUGACGUAGAAGAAGAACUCUGUUAUAUAUGAAUGGAGUGAUGGAUACUAUUUACUUAUUUACUCCGUUUGUAAUUCUAAUUAUUGAAUUCUAGUAUGUGAGAGCCUGGAACUUAUUUGUUGGCUUGAAUUCUGUGUAAAGUAUUUUGAGUAUGUCAACCUGACAUGCCACGCUUCUAUAGCUUUAGUUUUGAUUUGAU